AAAAUAUUUAUUUGUAUAUAGUCUUAAGUAUUAUUUUAAUUAUAAGAGUUUAAAAACUAACAAUAUGUCUCUUUAUGCUAUGAAAGAAAUAGAGGAAAGGAUAGUGGUCAAUGAAAUUGAUGUCACAUCCUGGUGCACUAGACUAGAUUUAAUGGCAAUAUCAAAUAAUAAAGGAGAAGUUGCUCUCCAUAGAUUAAAUUGGCAAAGAGUUUGGAAUUUGCCUCCUACGCUAGAAGGACAAAUCGUUCAAGAUAUAGUGUGGAGACCUGAUGGAAAAGUUAUAGCCGUAGCUUAUACUUCAGGAGAAAUCAUUUUAAUUGAUGUUGAAAACAAGGAAUUAGUUCAUAGCUUUACUGUUGAUGGUCAAAUAAGUUGUUUAAAUUGGUCUCAACAAGCUGAUCAAACAAAUCAAAAUGAUACAGCAGACGCCAACAAAAGUUCUACAGAAACAAUACAUGAUCACACCACAUUUUUACCAAGAUUACCAUCACUCUCAACGAGCUAUUCAAAUAAAAAAGUAGAAAUGAGUUCUGAUUCAAAAUAUCUUAAAGACCAGACUACUUUGAACAUAUUAAUAGUUGGUCUUUUAAAUGGUUUAGUAUACAUUAGUGUUUUUGGACUAUUUCCUUGUGGAAUUAUCGACCUUAAAAAAUUUACCAAACAUGAAAAUCCAGUAGUAAUUGAUGCUAAAUUGUCAGAAUCAUUCGAGUAUAUGUAUGUAUCUUAUAAAGCAGCUAAUAAAGUAAAUACUGUAAUUCUUAAAACUUCUACACUAAAUAUUUAUUCCAAAGAACUUCAUGUAUUAGCACUAAAGCAUGGUCACAUAAUUCACUUAAUGUACUAUAUGCAAAAUACUAUUAAUUGUAUAGUAGAAGCUUGGGAAACGGCAUUAUUAGAAAUGGAUAAAAAGUUAGAAAAAUAUUCUGCGUGCGUACCAGAAGGUGGUGUUUCAGCAGACUUUUUAGAUUUAUUGAUGUUUGGCACAGCAUCAAUAGAAUUGCAAGCAUUCCUUUUGCAUGAUUUAACAGAGAAAGGACUGAAAAAAAUGGGAGCAUCUAUUGAAAUUAGCUAUUCUACUAUACAAAAAUUGGUCUUAAAAAAUUUGAAUACUGUUGGACAAGCUUUGGUGUACCACAUAUCAGAUUUAAGAGGAAUGGCUAGAUUAACUUACAUUUAUGAGGCUUUAGGAUUGAAUGAAAAUUUAGUUACACAAGCCUUGAAAGACAUUGGUUCAUUUCUGGUAAAAAUUGGUGAAGUUCAGCAGGUUAUAGAUCACUCCAUGAAAAAUUACAAGGCAUUCUUUCGCUGGCUUUAUGUUGUAAUUGUUAGAUUAAUGGAUGAAAGAGUGCCUCAUGAUUUUGCAGAAAUGUCUCAACAGGAAAUUAAAUAUAUAGCUGAGUUUUUGGAUAAUAUUGAUGGUUAUGUAGAAAAUCCAAACAAUAAAGAUGAAACAAUAAAAGUGCGUCCAUUUAAUUUGGAGCGACUAGGCCAAUAUUUAACAGACAACUAUUUAACCAUUCCUCCUGUUUUUGACAAAAAUCCAUGGCAUGAAUUUUUGAAACAAAAUUCAUGCUUAUCAAUGCACUCAUCUAUAAUUGAACAUCACGAAAAUCACUCUUUAAUUCAAGAACACAACCAGUUCAUAAAGUCAAUUCAAAAAGUAUUUGAAAAGCCACUUGAAUUAAUUGGAAGCAACUUUAUAAAUGAGGGUAAUAUUAACUUUAUUGGAUUAUCCGACUGUGAAAACCUACUUGUGGAUCAAGUCAAUAUCCCCGGAAAAGGCUCUGUUUUAAUAGCUUGUAUGGACAAAUCAGAAAAUGAUGAUGGAUUAUACAUUGUUCAAUAUGAUGUUUCAAGUAAAGAAACAAAAGCAGUGUGUGUCCAUUUUAAACCACCAUCUUCAUUUAGUGAUAGUAAAUUGCCAAAAAAUUUACCCAAUUUAAAGCCCGUAAAUAUGCAAUUCUACUCAUCUGAGAUUUGUUCAGUUUUAUUGCACCAACAAACAGUGAAACAAAACUGCAUAUUUCUACAAUUAAAUAUACUGAUGCUAAAAGAUAAAUUUGUAAAUAUUAAAAAUAUCAAUAAAGAGACUGGAACGAUAAUUGUUGAAAAAAAUAUGCUUCCUAGAUAUAAUGCUUUUGAUAUAAUAGACGCUUGUAGUAUAAGAUUGAUUGAAAACAUGUUAUGUAAUGACUUUGCAGUAUCAUCGACUAGAAAAGUUGCAAUAUUAAUAUCUCAGACCAAAAAGAAAAUAAGAAUAUAUGAAAUGGAGGUCGAAGAUGAUGAAGACGAUGAAGAUUUGGAAUUUUCAAAAGACAGUGAUAAUAGUUUAAUUAACACAUCCAAAGUAUCUGUAAGCUAA